AUGGCAAAGGUCAUAUAUGCUUUACAUACCACACUUAAAUUUUUACACAACAUCACUUUCAGAAUAUUUUGGGGCAUAAUCAUUAGCAUAUCCGCUUGGAAUAUUCUAUCGAUAUUUGUGCUGACAAUUAAACGUUAUUUUUCCGAUUCGAUUAGUAUUGGCAUUGAAACAACAUAUCUACAAUGGAAUAAUACAUUUCCCGCUGUUUCGUUUUGUCUAACGAAAAAUCGUUCGAGUGGGCGAGUCAGUGAAUUUGUGGCAGCGGAAAAUAUACCCCAUGCUGUGUCGCGGGGAAUUUAUGUGAAAAAUCUACACGACUACAUGUUUACCAAUCCGAAUAAUUUCCAUUUUAAGGAAGAGUAUUGUGAUGGUCUGAAUUCGACAUGUGGUGUUGAUAUAUUGCGCCUGAGAAGAGAGCUCCUACCACCCACUUGUCAAUUUUUCAUGGCCAAUGUCUCGUAUUUGGGAAAAGUUGUGGAGAAUUGUGAAGAUAUUUUUAAAUUUCAUCAAUUGGAAAUGGGUUAUUGCUAUUUGGCCAAUAAUCUGUUGGACUAUCAAUCCUUUGAGAAUCUACCGCUAAAAUUCGGCAUAUCCCACAGGGAGAACAAUUUAAAAGUCCAUUUAAGGGGUGGUUUUAUAUGGAAAUAUGAGAUGUACAUACACAGUCCCGAUGAUUUACCAUAUUUUAAUUCCAUCACAUAUGAUGCCUUUUCGGAUCCAACAAUAUAUCGUUUUAAUGUUGAGGAAUAUGACAACAAUCCCGAUGUGCAAGAAGAAGCUAUACAACAAAGAUCAUGUAAAUUUCCCAAUGAAAAAGAUCCUGGCUCACCAUGGCAUUAUAGUUUUUCCACAUGCAUGUCAUAUUUACGCAUAAAAUUUGAAUUAGAUCAGUGUAAUUGUACACAUUUUACAUCGCCCGAGAAAUAUAAACCAUACUAUUGCGAUACAAAGGGUUUGCGAUGCAUAUCGGAUGCUCAAAUCACAUCACAAGUAAAAGAAUAUGUGGUAUCGAAAAAUGCAUGUUAUCCAUCAUGUGUGGAACAGCAAAUUACAUUAGUUGGAAUAAAUCAAAUUCAAAGUUUGGAUAUUACAGAUACAUUGUAUAUUGAAAUAAGUAUCACGAACUUGCCAUCGGUGCGCUACAAUCGUGUGGUUACUCAAACCUAUCUGGAUUUAGUUGUUUCGGUAGGCGGUGUUAUUGGACUUUUUGCUGGAGCAUCUGCUUUAAACUUUUUGGAAAUUGUCUAUGUGCUGUUGCGCCGAAAACUGUAAAUUUUCAUUUGAAGUUUGACCAAAUAUAACGGGAAAGAUGAAAU